CCGUGGAGAAGCCCUGCACCCACAGCAGGAGGUGACUCUGUGCGGUACAGCUGCCGUCUGAGGCUCCUGGAAACGGGGAACUUAGGGAGGGAGAAAAAGAACAUGGACCGUCUCCGAGAGCACCUGCAGCGGGAGCCAAGCCUGGAGACGAGAUGACGGGCCACGGAAGGAGCCGUGCGGGUUUCUGCCCGGAGACCAAACGCAGCAGCGGCAGCCGAGGUGCCCUGGGCUGAGGCGGCCGACAGUAGCUGAUCACAGCGUUCCCGCACCAGAGGCUGGAGCAAACACCUCGGAAAUUACAAGAUUGCGGCUCGAAGACAACGGAACGAGCCAUGGAGCCGUUAUUUGAGGAGUACCUAGCAAAUCGCGGAACAAUAGUAAAACCUUAUUACUGGCUAAGCUUCUCUCUAGAUUGCUCCAAUUGUCCUUACCAUAUUCGGACAGGGGAGGAAGCGCGAGUUCCCUACACAGAGUUCUAUCAGAUUUUUGGAUUCCCUUAUGGGCCAACACAUCCUCAAACCAAGCACCUCACGUUUUACGAGCUGAAAACUUCCAGCGGGAGCCUGGUGCAAAGGGGGCACGCCAGCAGUUGCACCGCGAACAACACUCACCCAGAAUCAAUGCUGUUUGAGACGCACGGGUACCUGGACGCGGCCAUCAACAGCAACGACGGCAUCAGGCACAUCGUUCUGUACUCCAGCAGCUCCCCGUGCAACGAGGCUGACCACUGCUGUGUCAGCAAAAUGUACAACUUCCUGACCGCGUAUCCAGACGUCACUCUGAGUGUUUACUUCUCUCGGCUCUAUCACACCGACACUGAUUUUCCGGCCUCGGCGUGGAACCGUGAAGCUCUCCGGAGCCUGGCGAGUCUGUGGCCGAAGGUCACUCUGAGCCCAAUCAGCGGUGGGAUCUGGCACUUUCUCCUCGACAACUUUGUGAGCGGUGUUUUCGGAUCCACUGUCUUCCAGCCCAUUCUAACGGGGAGAGCGCUGGCUGACAGGCACAAUGCGUAUGAAAUCGGCGCCAUAACAGGGGUGAAACCUUAUUUCACCGAUGUUCUUUCCCAGGCAAGAGAGGACCAGAACGUGACCGCUCAGGCGGCUGCAGAGAACUACAUCUUCCCCAGUGUCUUUCCUGGACAGUCUCUUCCAGUGACAAGUGCACAGCCACAGCCCAGCCUGACACCAGACCUCAGGGUCCCCGUUGUCUUUGUGCUGGUGCCUUUCCGAGACCUACCCCCCCUCCAUGCUGGUCACAACCCGUACAAGCCCAGGAACGUCGUCAGGCACUUGAACACGCCCCAGGUGCCAUUCCGAGAAACCAAGGACCUCAGGAGGCCGGCCACCGCGACGUCAGUAGAGACAGCGGAACUCACAGAACAGUCUGCAAGCAAUGAGGCAGACGGAAAGAAGAAGAAAAGCAAAGGGAAAAUAUAACAUCGACAUUCCGACACCAUAAGACCAAACAAAUUACCAGAGGACUUACACGGUAGCCAACAAAAAUCUGGAAACUUUCUCUCCCAGGUGUGAGCCAAGGUGGCGAUGAACUGAUACACCCAAGGCAAAACCUGGAUUAUUCACCAUCUCAACUGUCAUAAAGCUACACUAUUUUAGACCUCAUCCAAAACGUUUCCAUAAGCAACUUAAUAUCUUUCCUUUAUUUUGAAAGUGGCAGGAUCAAAGGGAGCCAUUAGUACCUUGCCAAUAUUUUGGUGUGAAAAAGACAAUGUCACCACUCUGGUCUGCUCAUGUCAUCUUUCCAUUAAAAAGGCCUGUGGACUAAAUGGCUUCCUAAAUGGGUUUCAGCAUAAAAAUUUACUGUAAACUUGGAAAACAGCCUGAAGUUACUGGCAUUGAGUGCUGUUUGCAAAAGCAAGUCAGUGAUUUUCCAUUAACUGUUCAUUGUGGACAGAAGAUUUUAGGCAGCCCAUUUUUUCCUAAAGUGGUUCGAAAUAGCUUCGUGUGGGGAAAAAGCUCUUCUGCUAAUUGAGCAGAUACAGCUACGAAAAUCGAUGUUUGAAAUGCAGCCACCUGCUCGGCGUGAUCUCUCCCAGCCCAGGCCUCUCCCGCCUGAGCGGACGGCGGUGGCAGCGAGCGUGGCACAUGCGACUCUCCGGAGGCUCCUUCCGUCUCGUGGCGCCGGAGAGACCCAAGCCACUCUCACUGGCUCUCAAGUCUCCUCCCCUGCCUUCCUGUGGCCCUGGCUCAUCCGCAACAUUGUAAGUUCCUGUGGGUCCGGUACUGUCUCCUUUCCUUAGUUUCCCUUUAGGAUCUAGCACAAUAUCUGGGCAAAAUACGGGUGGCAAGGCUGUGAAUCUACAUCUCGAAACUACCAGUCACUGCUCCUCGCCAUUCUUCUCCAUUCUAGCCAGGUGGCCACGUAGCUGUCCUGCCGUGGACACAUUUUUUGGUGGUUGUUAGCAUCUGCUCUUCCUUCUUCUGAGAUGGCCCCCAGUGCAUACUGGUAAUUAAUUUGUUUUACUUCCUUUUUUCUGAGCACUUUUUUUUCCCACCAAGGCAUACCUAUACCUUCUCUUAAAGCCUUGUUCCAAACACACUUCCUAGAAAGUGCCCUUUGACUAACCCUCUGAGCCUGUACAUUACACCACUUCAUUUGUGUUUCAUUCACACUUGCUGCCUCGCUUUCUUCUUAAAAGAAAAGAAAAAUGUUUAAAGUGGAAAUUUCUAUUG